AUGAACUCGGUGACUGGAGCCCGUGGCUCCUCGGAGACUGCACCACAAGCGGCGGAUGACGACAGCGGUGAUGCAACCGCGAGUGGUAAUAAGAACGGAAAUGUUGCAAGCGGAAACUUGGCUCAAGCAAAGGCGACAUCGGAGCAAGCAGUUGAAACAGAAAUCACCACCACCACCACCACCACAAAGACACCAGCGGCGGCGGCGGUAGGUGUUCAUCAUCGGGGAUGCCCUGGGAAUUCCCGCGGCGGUGAGUGCGGCUUUUGUUUAUUUGAAGAGGCCGUGGUGGAAGCCUCACCGCCAUCGUCAUCGUACUUGUUUCCGCAAAAUGCAAGCGCAUCGCCCGACGUCGAUUCCCUGCAGCAGUGCCGCCCACGGGACUCUUUUUUGGACACCGCGUGUGGAAAGGCGUCAGGCCACUUACGCUCUUCAACGCGAAUUUGCCCGUCAGAAAUGGACUCGACGGCUACUUUUGUGAACGGUGUUGUCCAAAGUGACCGCAAUUUGAAGGAAUCCCGGAGAAUUCGGGCAACGUCAUUUCCCUCAUCGGAAUUUUUUUCUGCGGUUGAGAGAGAAAAGGCGCUGCAACAGCAAAUGCAGCAGGAAACCGCGGCCAGUUUUCCGCUUUUUGAUAAACCCGCUCCAGAGCGCCGCCAAGCUUUGCCUCUUCUGCAGGUUCCUCCUGCUCAAGAUACUAAUGCUGAUUCUGUUAUAAAGAAACAAAAUAUUGCCGCUCUUAUUUGUGUACUGGAGCGGCAAAAAUUUGCUUUACAGCGACAACUGAAAGAAAUAAGGAAAGAAUUCUCGGCUCAAAACAUAUUUUCCCUCGUGAGGGCGAGCAACGCUUCACAGCUUCAGUAUCUUCUUGAGAACAAAAUUUGUGACGUCAACAAGCGGGACUAUAAUGGAUGUACUCCAUUGCACGUUGCAGCGCUGGAAGGCAAUGAAGUGAUUGUGCGCGUGUUAAUUUCGUUUGGUGCGGAUCUCAUGGCUGUUGAUAAUACGGGACGGACCCCACUUGACUGGGCUGCCGCCAACCGUCACAGCAGCGUUUGUCACUAUUUGAUGAAUGUUAUUCAACGUCUUAUGGUUACGCAGGAACAGAAAAAGCCACAAAUACAAAGGAAUAGUGAAGCAGAAUCAGUGGAAUCUACUGAAAAAAAUGUUCAACGAAAUACGAGUUUUGGUGUGAGCUCCACAAACAACUCAAUGAUGCAGUCAACGCAUUUGACGCCAACAUUGCGAGAAAGUACAUGUUCACUGGCUACGCCAUCGCCACCACUGGAUUCCGAGAUUGGAAGUGAACAGCAAAAUGAUCAUGGUCUUUUAUCUUCAUUUCUGGCCUGUCUCCCACCUGACAUGAUCUCAUUGAUGCGCUCACGAUCUGUAUUAUCCGCUAAUCCUAUUGAAGCUCCCCUGCACGAAGACGAAAGUGAAUUUGAGGAGCAGGGCACAUUUUCCAAUUUUUCAAGCUACACAACCAUUUCAGGUACGGUGCCUCUUGUUGUUUGCAUGGUAGGUUUACCUGGACGCGGUAAAUCGUUUAUCGCCCAACGUAUCUCACGUUACCUCAAUUGGAAGGGUGUUCCUUGUCGAGUCUUCAAUGCAGGCAAUUAUCGCCGACGGCUGCUUGGUGUUGAGGGAACUUCGGACGCCGGUUUUUAUGAUCCAAACAAUGCAAACGGAAAACAAAUGCGUGAGAAAAUGGCAGAAUUUGCAUGUGAAGACCUCGUGGAGUUUAUCUCCCGCCAUCGUAUUGCUGUGGGUGUGUUUGAUGCCACCAACACCACAAAGGCACGGCGAGAACAUCUGGUGGAAUUUUUUAACAAGGCUUUCAAGCAACGCCAUAUGGAGAGUCGUGUCAUGUUCAUUGAGUCGAUCUGCAAUGAUGACACGAUUAUCACUGAAAAUAUUCUCCGUGCAAAGUGCGACAACGACGACUUUAAGAACGUUGGAGACACAAGCAAGGUGAUUGCUUCCUUUCGUUCUCGAAUUUCAGAGUACGAGAAGGUGUACGAACCACUGGAUCGCGCCGAUGAUUUAAGUUUUAUUCGUAUAAUUGACGUGAAACGACACGUUGUGAUGAAAAAUAUACCGUGCGGUCUGGCAAGCAGUAUUGCGUUUUUCCUAAUGAACUUGCAUCCAGUUGCCCAUCCCAUAUAUAUUUCCCUCCCUGGUGAAACGGAAGGUGAAAAGAAUCAUAUGUAUGGUGGUGAUGAGCAUCUGACGCCGCUUGGAAAUAAAUUUGCAUUGGCACUGAAGCGUUUUAUUUUGGAGCGACAUUUCCCACAUAUGAUCGUGCUGCACGGUACAAACCACAGUGUGCUGAACACUCUGAAGCCGCUUGCACAAUCCUUGCGAGAGGACAGUGGGGAUGGUGUGGAUAAAGUGGAAGAAGAAGAAAACAGCGCCUUUAGCGGGAUUACAUGUCAGGAAGAACUUCUCUGCCCAUUACCGGGUCUUGAUAGCAUAAACUACGGCUUGUUUAGUGGACGGACAGUACAGUGGGUACGAAAGCGGUACGCAAAACUUUCACGGCUUCUUUACGUGGCAUCUCCGGUGUGUAGUGAUGAAUCUGUGCUUAAUUUAUAUAACUCGAAAAAGUUGUACUCUGUUGAUGUAGAUGAUAAAAAAAAAGGGAUAAUUGAGACGCAUGAGUAUCCAACGAAACAGAAUCAAAGGGGAAAACAGGUGAGAAAACAGCAUUUUGACAAAAGUGCUCGGGCAACUAGCCGUUUCCUUCAUGUACCGAAUGGCACAGACCCUCGCUUAUCGUACUGUGUGCAGUUUCCAAAUGGUGAAAGUUGUAGACAGGUGAAUGUUCGACUAGAACCAGCGCUUAUGGCGGUGAUGCGGGUUCAAGGACCAGUCUUUGUUGUCGCAACCUCAGUACCUGCACAAGGCGUCCUUGCUUUUUUCACGGAUGCCAUGCCAGAGGUGUCGCCAACUCUGCGUUUGCCACAGCACGCGGUGGUAGAGAUUGGUGUCAAGGGAGAAAUCACAGUGCAUCAGCUUGUAGAACCCGUUGAUCAUGUCCCCCAACCUGGAUCCAUAAGAGAGGGCCGAUACUGA